AUGUACAAUACAGCAUCAUCAAUCACACGGAUCCCACCCACAACACACACAAUCGUCAUCCCACCAAGAUCAGCUAUACCAACAGUUAGUGGAAACUCUACAGAAAAUCCACGUCAAUUUCUCAUUAGAGUUCAAGAAUAUACAGAAACAAUCAAUCAUUGGGAUAAUCAAUCCUUACUUAAUGGUAUUUCACAGUUUCUCCGACGCGCUGCUCUCGAAUGGUAUUGUCAAUUACGAAUAUCUCACCGUCGACCACAAACAUGGAUAGAAUUCACCAAUCUUUUCCUUAAUCAAUUCAAUUCUCCGGUACGACGUGCACGUCAAGAACAAUUAUGGAAAGAAUGCCGACAAGAGGAAAAUGAAACUAUUAACGAAUUUCUCGUACGACUUCAAGCUCUGUGGCAAGAACAAAAACCAAAUGAAAACGAGGAUGACCUCGUACGUCACCUAAUGUGUAAAAUGAAAAAUAGCUUGUUGUCAAUGAUUGGCAUAUCUCGAUGUGAAUCAUUGGACGGAAUUAUCAUGGAAGCACAAAAAAUAGAAGAAAUUCUUUAUCAACGAUCGAAACAACAUCGUGACACACAUAAGAAAGAACUAAUUGAACAGAUGAUAACUACGGAAAAUUAUAACUGUAAUGACCCAUGCGAAAUACAAGCAAUGUCGGCAUAUCAAUCAAGAAAACAGCCUAAUACAUAUAGACAACAGAAUCACGCAACAACAUAUAAUCAAAAUAAUCAACAAUCAAGUCAAUACAAACAUUUCUCGUCACGCCCGACGAGCAAUUAUCGAUAUAUGCAAUCAAAAAACGAAAUCGUAUGUUACGCAUGUGGAAUGAAAGGUCACUUAAAAAGAAAUUGUCCAGGCGCAUCACUAACACUCAUCAAUUCUCAAUUUUUUAAAAAAUUGCCAAUAUAUUAUCAACGACGGGCUCGUCCGCCUCCUCCUCAUAUUUGCCUUCAGCUAGUAGACAGAUCACACUUACAAGUAAAAAGCUCAUUGACACUUCCAAGCACUAUCUCGAAUUCCACCCGAAGACAUACUGUAUACGUUGUUCCACAACUCUGGCGAUCUUGUAUAAUAGGUAAUGAUCUCAUUCGAAAACAUAAUCUUCAAAUUGAUGGUGGUCGACAAUAUGCAUACUCUAAAAAAUACAAUCGAAAUAAGCCGCCGAGACAAACAGAAAAAGAAAAUAUACCCAACGAUGAAGAAUACACCCUUCUAUCAAUUGAGCGAAUCAAGCUGCCACCGUUUCAUGCAUAUCAUAUCCGAGUUAAACCAAACAAAAUGUUUAAAAGUUCAAACGAAACAAAUGACGAAGCAGAAUACGAGAUAACAUCAAUCAAAGAAACUCCACGGGUGGCAAACGGAAUUAUCACACCACAACAUGAUAUGAUUAUACAACUGGCAAACUUAACAGAAAGAAUGAUAAUGAUUCACACCAAUCAACCACUUGCAAAGAUGACGAGAUUAAAUCAGAAUCAAUUAAAUAUGAUACAAUACGGGCAAUCGAACACAGCAAACAUCUCAACCGAAUUGUCACCCGAAGAAACAACAAACCUUAUCAAUACAGACUUGAAUGAAGAUCAAAAAAUAAAACUAAAACAACUCAUUAAAAAAUUUCCAGCUGUUUUUAACGAACAAGCUGGGCGAACAACAAAAUUACAACAUCACAUUAAUCUUACACCUGGAUCUCAACCAUACAAUUCACCGCCGUACAGAUAUGCUCCGGCUCGUUGA